AUGGAGGAUUACCGGCGUCGGCAACAGGGAGACGUUAGCAACGGCCCAAAACCUAGAAAGCCUGUGCUCGAGCUCUUGUGGUUCUUUGCUAUAGCUGCCUGCAUCAAGUUCCUUCUGAUUCCAUCUUACCGCAGCACAGACUUUGAGGUCCAUCGCCAUUGGCUCGCUUUGACCCACUCUCUCCCUCUUUCUCAAUGGUACUUCGACGAGACCAGUCAAUGGACUCUUGAUUACCCUCCAUUUUUUGCAUAUUUCGAACGCUUCCUUUCGAUUUUCGCUAAUAUUGUCGAUCCCCAAAUUGUGGAUCUUCAAAAGGGUUUAGAUUAUAGCAGCAAUACUGUCAUAUACUUCCAAAGAAUUACAGUUAUUGUCUCCGAUCUGUGUCUUGUUUAUGGGAUUUUUAGAUUGACGAGGAGUUUGGAUCCAAUUAAGCGGAAAUUAGUCUGGGUUUUGGUUGUUUGGUCCCCUGCGCUCGUGAUUGUGGAUCAUUUGCAUUUUCAGUAUAAUGGGUUUCUUCUUGGGAUGCUUCUGAUUUCUCUUUCGUAUUUGGAGGAAGGGAGGGAUUUGAUGGGUGGGUUUGCUUUUGCAGUCUUGUUGUGCUUCAAGCAUUUGUUUGCUGUUGCUGCACCUGUUUACUUCGUUUAUUUGUUAAGGCAUUAUUGUCGGGGAGGAUUUGUAAGAGGUUUUGGGCGGCUUACAAUUAUGGGAUCUGUUGUUGUGGCUGUUUUUGCUGCUGCUUAUGGACCGUUUAUCUAUCAUGGUCAGAUACAGCAAGUGAUCCGACGCAUGUUUCCUUUUGGCAGGGGACUUUGCCAUGCUUAUUGGGCCCCAAAUUUCUGGGUUUUUUAUAUUUUACUGGAUAAAGGACUGUCUAUCUUGCUCAGAAAACUUGGAUUUAGUGUCAAGAUACCAACAGCUUCAUUUACUAGUGGUCUAGUUGGUGAUUCAUCUCCGUUUUCUGUCCUACCUCAGAUCACUCCCUUGAUAACCUUUGUUCUGGUGCUGCUAGCUUUGUCUCCUUGCCUAAUCAAAGCUUUCAAAGAUCCCCUACCACGAAUGAUCACUAGAUGGGUGGCCUAUGCUUACACAUGUGGUUUUGUAUUUGGGUGGCAUGUUCAUGAGAAAGCAUCACUUCACUUUGUAAUUCCGCUCGCUGUCGUUGCAGUGAAAAGUUUGGAGGACGCGAGGCAUUUCUUCUUACUAUCAAUAGUGUCGUGCUAUUCUUUGUUCCCGCUUCUUUUCGAAGCACAAGAAUACCCCAUCAAAGUGCUGCUAUUGCUGCUGCACUCUAGUCUGAUGUGGUUAGGCUUUUCUGCACAAUUCGACAAAGGAGAGUCAGUUAAACAAGCCACAUCAAAGACAAAACGACGACACGUACAAACGAAGGUAAGUACGACUUCAACUGGAGAACCAUUCCGUAUUAGAUUCAUCGAGAAGACUUAUCUUUUCGGUCUUUUAGUAGUUGAAAUCUGGGCUCAGUUUUUGCAUCCUUUCAUUCUAGGUAGUAAGUUUCCUUUUGUACCACUGAUGCUCAUAUCUAUAUAUUGCUCACUUGGAGUCAUGUACUCUUGGAUUUGGCAGUUGAGAUGGAUUCUUAGGCCUCCUCCUAAUUGAGUCACUAAAGUUAGUCAUCCAUGUAUGAACUCUACACUGACCAUUGGUAGAAUUUUGACUCUUUUCAUUUCAAGUUCUUACACAAAAAAAGGAGUAAAAAUGCUUUGUUGAUGAA